GAUUGCUCAGAAUAUCUUAGAGAUCUACAAUCAAAUCAAAUCUGAGGAUGGCUGGGGAAUUGAGCGAGGAGGGAGGAGGAGCAGGCAGCUGCUGUGGAAAUGGAAUCGGAUGGACCGGGGACUUCUACAGGGCGGGCAGUCAGUAAACCCCUGGUGACGCGCCGCACCAAGCGGGAUCUCCUGCGGUCCAAUCCCGAUUCAUGGAAGGACAAAUGUAAGGAGCUUCUAGACCUGAUCUACGAGCGCGAGGACUCCGAACCCUUCCGGCAACCUGUCAAUCGAGUGUCCUACCCAGAUUACCAGGACAUCAUAGAGACCCCAAUGGACUUCAGCACUGUGAAGGCCACAUUAGAAGGCAGCAACUACAGCGACCCCCUAGAGUUCUCCCGAGACGUCCGGCUGAUCUUCAGUAACUCCAAGGCUUACACUCCUAAUAAGAAGUCCAGGGUAAGAAGAGUAACAUCACAG